CACGGCGGAUCCUCUACUAACUGGCAGUUUAAAUAACCAAUAAUAAUGUUUCAGCAGAUAGUUAUCCCUUCACACAUGAUUAAUUUGCUGGGUAAAGCAGAGGAGGCGGUACCCACAAAGGAAUUAUAACUAUGCCAAGCCCGCUGUCUGUGUCUGAUUGACGUAUGUUCUGUCCAAUCAACGCUGUACUCCCUCACCCAAACUGCGCAACGACUGAAUGGCUUUCAUUCUACGUGAAGGGGCUUUACCUUGGAUUGGCGUGGCCUUGGACCAAUUAGCAAACAGUGCGCGUCUCGGCGCAGAGUGAGGAGGUGCGCGGGAUGGCGGCCGCUUGUAGUCUUGGGGUACUCAGUGGGGAUUGAGAGAAACCGGAGAACGAAAAAGAGCUAGCACAAGGAAAUAGGGAGCAACCCUGUAAUCAUCGGGGGAACGGAAUACGCAAGUUGCCUGGUGAGGAGCAGCAGGUAUUUACCUUGGAAAACCCCUCCCUGUGGCUUCAUGUUGACCAUUCUGGAUUUUCUUAUUCCUGAGACUCUCCUUUACUGCAUUUGGUUUGGGUCAAGCUUGGUUUGGGGUACUGUAUCUGGUUUUCAUUGCUAGUGGAGUUAUUGUGGCCUGUCAUGAGCUCCCAGACUCAUUCAGAUGGAAUUUCUGGUUUGGACCAACCAGUGGACCUUUUAACACAGACCCGUGCCAAACACAUGCCAAGCACUGUUGAUGUGAGUGCUGCACUGCCGCUGCAAGUGGCCCCCAGUGCUCUUCCCAUGGACCUGCGGCUAGACCCCCAAUAUACCAUUUCAGCCCAGGAGCCCGGUGGGAGAGAGCAACAGCUGCAGCAAGAGCUCCUGGCCUUGAAGCAGAAGCAGCAGAUCCAAAGGCAGCUUUUGAUUGCCGAGUUUCAAAGACAGCAUGAGCAGCUGUCCCGCCAGCAUGAAGCUCAGCUCCAUGAGCAUAUAAAGCAACAACAAGAGCUCCUGGCUAUGAAACAUCAGCAGGAACUGCUGGAACACCAGAGAAAGCUGGAGCAGCACCGACAAGAGCAGGAGAUGGAGAAACAGCAGCGAGAACAGAAGCUGUUGCAGUUAAAGAAUAAGGAAAAAGGAAAAGAAAGCGCUGUGGCAAGCACUGAGGUCAAAAUGAAAUUACAAGAGUUCGUUUUAAAUAAGAAGAAAGCUUUAGCUCACAGGAGCUUAAAUCAUUGCCUGUCCAGUGACCCUCGCCUCUGGAAAACUCAGCAUAGCUCUCUUGACCAGAGUCCUCCACCACAGGGUGUUGUGUCUGCCUCAUAUCACCAAGCUGUCCUUGGAAUGUACGACUCUAAGGAUGACUUCCCACUGAGAAAAACAGCAUCUGAGCCUAAUCUGAAGUUGCGCUCAAGACUGAAACAGAAGGUUGCAGAGAGGAGAAGUAGCCCCCUGCUUCGGAGGAAAGAUGGUCCUGGCAUCACUACCUUGAAAAAGCGUCCUUUAGAUGUGUCUGAUUCUGCAUGUAACAGUGCUCCAGGCUCUGGUCCAAGCUCUCCAAACAAUAGUUCAAGUAACAUCAGUUCAGAAAAUGGCAUAGCUGGUCCUUUAGGAAUCCAGACAGAGGCUUCACUGGCUCACAGACUUGCGAACAGGGAGAACUCAGUAUCGCAGCUCCCUCUAUACACAUCACCCUCUUUACCCAAUAUUACGCUAGGACUGCCUGCUAGUGGUUCUACCAAUGGUGGAUCAGGACAGGAAAACGAAUGCCUUCCUCUGCCUGCUCUACAACAACGGCUUUCCCUGUUUCCAGCUGCUCACCUCACUUCUUACCUUGGACCUGAGGCCACAAGCUCUCAUAAUCAGCUCUUACAGCAUAUGGUACUACUAGAACAGCCUGGUGCGCAGAGUUCAUUGAUAUCAGGUUUGGGGACCCUACCACUUCACUCCCAGUCUCUUGUGUCACCUGAUCGUGUAUCCCCUACCAUGCACAAGUUACGUCAGCACCGUCCUUUAGGUCGUACUCAAUCUGCUCCACUCCCACAGAAUUCACAUGCCCUGCAACACCUGGUCAUCCAACAACAGCACCAGCAAUUCCUGGAGAAGCACAAACAGCAAUUCCAGCAGCAGCAGCUUCACCUAAACAAGAUGAUUCCUAAAGUGAAUGAAGCCUCGCGGCAGCAUGAGAGCCACCCCGAGGAGACUGAGGAGGAGUUACGCGAGCAUCAGGCACUACACGAGGAACCUUAUGCAGAGCGUUUAGCUGAACAAAAGGAACUAAGCCCUGGCAGUGUGGUGCAUGUAAAGCAGGAGAAAGAGGAAAGCGAUGAUGAAGACAAUACACUGGAAUUGGAACGGAGUAAAAUGCAAUCUGACCCAGACCUGCUGUUUAGACAGCAAACAUUAUUACUGGAGCAACAGCGCAUUCAUCAACUGAGAAACUAUCAGGCUUCCCUAGAGGCUGCAGGCUUAGUUGUGCCAUUCAGUGGGCAUCGGCCUCUCUCAAGAGCGCAGUCCUCACCUGCCUCUGCGUCAUUUCCCAUGUCUGUACAGGAGGCCCCCAGUAAACCCAGGUUCACCACAGGCCUUGUGUAUGAUACAUUGAUGUUAAAACACCAGUGCAUCUGUGGGAACACAAACAGCCAUCCUGAGCAUGCUGGCAGAAUACAAAGUAUUUGGUCAAGGCUUCAAGAAACUGGUUUACGUAGCAUGUGUGAGUGUAUUCGGGGCAGAAAGGCAACCCUGGAAGAAUUGCAGACUGUGCAUUCUGAGGCUCACACUCUCUUAUACGGCACCAAUCCCUUGAACCGUCAGAAGCUUGAAGGUUCCUUGGCUUCUCUCUUCGUCCGUCUGUCAUGUGGUGGGGUUGGGGUUGAUAGUGACACGAUUUGGAAUGAAGUGCACUCUUCCGGUGCUGCCCGUCUUGCAGUUGGUUGUGUUGUAGAAUUGGCUUCCAAGGUGGUUUCUGGAGAGCUGAAGAAUGGCUUUGCUGUGGUUCGUCCUCCUGGUCAUCAUGCGGAAGAAAGCACACCUAUGGGGUUCUGUUACUUCAACUCUGUAGCAAUAGCUGCUAAGGUUCUCCAGCAACGAUUAAAUGUCGAGAAGACUCUGAUUGUGGACUGGGAUGUUCACCAUGGGAAUGGUACUCAACAGGCCUUUUACAGUGACCCGAAUGUCCUUUAUAUAUCACUCCAUCGUUAUGAUGAUGGUAACUUUUUUCCAGGCAGUGGGGCUCCAGAUGAGGUUGGCACAGGCCCUGGCGUGGGUUUCAAUGUGAACAUGGCUUUUACUGGUGGUCUGGAGCCUCCCAUGGGAGAUGCAGAAUAUCUGGCAGCUUUCAGGACAGUUGUGAUGCCCAUAGCUGCUAAGUUUUCUCCAGAUGUGGUUUUGGUGUCUGCUGGCUUUGAUGCAGUAGAAGGGCACCCAGCUCCACUCGGUGGUUACAAUGUCUCAGCCAAGUGUUUUGGGUACCUGACAAAGCAACUUAUGGAAUUAGCUGGAGGGCGUGUUGUUCUAGCUCUUGAGGGAGGCCAUGAUUUAACUGCUAUUUGUGAUGCCUCUGAAGCCUGUGUGUCUGCCCUGCUGGGAAAUAAGCUGGAACCACUUCCUGAAUCUGUAUUGCAGCAGAGACCAAACGGCAAUGCAGCCAGGUCAAUGGAAAAUGUUAUUCAGAUCCAAAGUGAAUACUGGCCUUGUUUGCAUAUAACUUCCUCGACUGUGGCCUACUCACUUAUUGAAGCUCAAAAGUGUGAGAAUGAGGAGGCAGAGACUGUGACAGCAAUGGCAUCCCUGUCUGUAGACGUUCGUCAGGAACGAAGGACUGAGGAUGAGCCAAUGGAUGAAGAACCUCCACUGUAGCAGCAUCUGGAAACUGUCGGUUGUAUAAUUCCAUGUCUUUGAUGGGAGGUGUCUUCUCCAAUUUCUCUGCCUGUGCUCGGUCCACAGAAAGACGAGCAGUGAUCUGGAUGUAAAGAACCCUGUGUAAAUCACAUCCACAGAACCACAAAUUGUGGCACAGUGGCAUGCACAGCCACGCUGUGCCACUGCUUUCUAAGGGGACAUGCCUCCCUUAGGAGCCUCUGGCAGCUCUUGCCAAAAAUAUUUUGUUACUUUACUUUCAUGGUUUUUUUUAACAAUUACUAAUUCAAAGAAACACAAGGAAAAAAGACCUCAUUUGGGUCCUACAUACAGUUUGGUGCUUUAACAUUCUGCAGAUUCACAAGAAUUCUGUGAGCGCUGGAAGGGUGCGCUGGACGGCCGUGCACUCUGGACAGUUGUUUAAACCACUUGGUUUAUCAUUCUUGGACAUUUCUCCUAAGGGAAGGAGUAAGGACGGGAUGAAGAGAUUUUCUAGAAUGUUAUUAGUGUCAGGAAAGUAUGACUAACUUAAUCUGAAAGAAGGAGGGAAGGAUUGUGCCUUGAUCAUGGAUGGGACACUUUUUUGUUUCCAUUUAAAUGGUUCCCUUUUAUUAGUUCUGAAAAAUUGAAGGACUUGCCUUAAAUCUAAACACCUACACACACAAGGAAUUGUGUGGCGCAUCACACACAACCGGUGUCUCCUGCCAUUGACACACAGUGCUGAAAGGUGGAGUGUUGGAAUCCUAUGGCAGUCAUCACCCUUGUUACAUUUUUGAUUUCUGUGUUCUGAGUCAAGUUGCAUGUUGUACCCGUACAAUAACCAGACUGUCUUCUCCACUCAAGUUUGUGCUCACUAAACAAAGACUUAACCUACAGGUUCUGUUGUAGGUGCAUUUCUACAUUGUGGAGCUCGGAUCUGUGGCCUCUUACUGCGCGGGAAGCAUGUACUGGCCUGUGCAACAUUUUUUAAGGGGCUCAAUUUGUUUUUAUGUUUUAUGUUUUUUUUUUUAACUACAUUUUGUAUAACAUUUUUUUGAGCAAGCUCAUUACAGGCAAACAGAACAUUUCCAGUUCCCAUUUCAUUUUUUAAUUUUUCAUUCAAAGGUUUAUAUAUGUAAUUUUUGUAAGGAAGAUGUUUUUUUCUUGUGAUAACUAAGAUUUCUUGUUUUUAUACUGAAAUAUUUUCUCUAAGUUUUUUUCCCCCCUCGAGAGUUUUUUUUUUUUUUUUUUUAAGCUUUUUCUCCUUUAGAUCUUGUUACAUACAUUACAACAUGUAUACGAUCUAUAGGGAAUGGUAGCAGUGGAGGUUUUCAGUUAGAGAUAGGAAGGGUCACAGCGGAGGUUUGUAGGUAUUUUUUUUUUUUUGAGAAAGUGAAGCAGGAUCCAUUCAUCCAGCUUUAAUUUUAAUAGGUCAUAUAAAGGCAUUGCAAACGUUAUUUUUUCCUUAAUAUGAGACCAACAAUGUACUGUAUGUGAGCCUUGCUCCCAGAAUUGCAUGAAUGGAGCAGGGCGCGCUCAGUCUUGGAUAUAACCUCAAUAUAUAGCACUUAUUAUCCAUGCUGAGGUCUGUUUUCUAGCUGGAUAACAGCAGCAUGUGAAUCAAACCAACUGCCUGACAGAUUGACUUCUGCAGUUAAGCUCCUUACUGUUUAAAGGGAACAGCAUGUUGCUGCUUUAAAGCAGUUUGUGUUCCCCAUCGGCUCCCCUAGAACUCGGCUGCGUUACAUGGUUCAGUAGGGGUUACGUUGCAGCCUGCACCUUGACAUUGUUCCUUGUCCUGGCAGCAAAUUUCGUAUGUAGAAGAUAAUGGGAAAUAACAGCUAAUCUAUGGGUUUGAACCCUAACAAUGUGCCCUUAACUGUGUGUAUUUAUUAUUAUAUUUUAUGGCCAUUGUGUGACAACACUACACCCUGUGACUGCACCACACUGGCUGCUCACUCUGUAAUUCCCUCUUCAUACACUAAGUGGUACAGUUCUCCUCAUUUCACACAUUCUUUCCUAAUUUUUCACUAUUUGAUCCUGUAGGAUCGUUUUUUACAUUGAAGCGUUUAUGUUGAGUUUAUGUCAUCGUUCCUUUUUAUUAUAGCCACUUCUCAUUUUGGGUCUGUGGCCAGUUUCUUAACCUUGAGAACCAGAAAAUGCUAAACUCUGCAUGACUUGUAAUUCUUCUGAGGUGCAGCAGCCUACAUGCUCCCUUAGGUGCAGCUUGAUUUUGCCAGGUCUAUGCAUUGAGCAUUCACCUGAACACACAAUACAGUUCUUGAACAUUUCUGGAUUGUUUGGAGUUUUCAUGAUGAUUUUUUGGAAUUUACUGCAUGUGAUUAUUUAGAGUCCAUAGAUAUAAAAGUGUUUGGGUACCACAUGAUGGCAGCAUCCAGUAGCAUUGUGGUCAUGGUUAUACUCUGGUCUUAAGUGUGGAUAUCAGAGUUUGCAUAUUUCACAGUAAAACUACUGCAAUAAAUGAUCACUUUUACAGAGGAUAUGGUUUGAAUGCAGCUUUCAGAGCAUGAUGUUACCUUACCAACGACAUGGUUGGAAGUUACAUACGACCCUUAUUUAGCGACAGGCUUUCCUGUUCCUAGCAAUGCGAGCUUUGGGACUGGCUUCAUUUUAUUCUGGGAAUGUACCAGUUGCCAAUAUUUUGAAGGCUAUGUACCUGCAACUGGAAGUAUUUGCCCAGACACUAUCCUCUCAUUGCUGAUAUUCAUUCCUUGUUAAGUUUAUUUCCUAUGUCUCACAUUUCCGCUCAUUCCAUGGGGUUGCAAAUUAUAUGAUUUUGUGUGUGCAAGGGAGGAGCCACACUCCUAUUUCUGGGCAUUGACCUCCCUUUAAAUAUAAAUAAAUAUAUAUAAAAGAUAGUUAUAUAUAGAUAUAUAUAUAUAUAAAUCUAUUUUUCUAGAUUUUAUUAUGUAUUUUGAGGUUGCAUGAUUCAAGCACAGCUCGGUCCUAUACUGUGUACCUGGUUAAGCUGCAGCGCCAGGCUUCGGAGCGGGCAGAGCACAUGUAUUGUCUAUUGUCUGACCCUUGGAAAAGAAAACAGCACUUGUUUCAGUCCUUUUGUAGGAUCAGACUAGGGGUACAGAUAUAUCUUUAACAAAAAAGCAAGUACUUAAAAUAUUGUCAUUUGAAGGAGAAGCUGAUUUUGAGCUGAAAUGCCCGUGCCUGCCGGGGAGACAGACAUGUGGUGCAUCACUCUGCUGGAGAACUGGUGUGUUUCACUGUGCCAGGGAGGGAGUUGGUGUGUCGGACUGCCACAUCUCUCAUUGUGUUCGGUGUGUACAUAUAUUGUUAUUUUUUUAAUCUUUGUAGAACACUAUUGAAGGGCUCGCAUGCUACAAGUUGCAGCCCUGUGCAAACACUGUGUACAGAAUACUUGCUAUCAGUAUCUGGAAGCAAUCAGGGAACAUAUCAGAUGUUCAUAUCCCUGUGCCCAACUUACACUAUCUCCUCUUUUUCCUUUCCCUUAUUGUGUGGCAACAGCUGAAGUUUGCCAGAUGCUGCGUUACCACAUUUUUUUUUUUCUUUCAAACAGUGUUGCAGACAAGUGACUUUUAUUCCAGAAGUGACUGUAACACAUUCAAACAACACGUGUUUUAUUAAUAAGUGCAUUGAGAGCUAAUAUCCAUUUCCAUGCAAUCGUGUCGUGCUAGGCCUAAUCUAGGCCAUAACUGGAGAAGGGGGCUGCCAAUUCUUGCUGCUACAAAUGUCAUCAGAUAUGUGUAGAAGGGCUUAGAUGGUACAAGGAAGUUUUCUUUUUAAAUAUUUGUCAUUCCCAGUAUCUUUAUUUCGUAAACUCGUAGCACUUGUAUUCCCAGUUAUCAAACACUUCUGCCUGUACCUUGAUGCCCCAGCAAAUACCCCCCCCCCCCCCCACACUGCCUGGAACUGAUAUAUAAUGUAUAAUAAAAUCAAGACUGCAUUUUCUUCUGAGAUAGGUCUCUGGUCUGUGUAGAAUGGGUCAUCCUGUAGGAUCAGAAGGAAUGCUGGCAGAAUGCUUGCAGAGGGAAAGAUGCAGGUGACUUUCUUUUUUUUCUUUUUUUUUUUUUACAGUUACAGAAUUUGUUUUUUCCUGAGGUGGGCAAGAUCCCCUCGUCCUGAAAACACACUGUGUUUCAAGAAAUCUUUAUAUAUAUUACAGCUAUAAAUUUUACAUUUUAAUGUAAAAAAUUGUAAAACCUUGAACGAAAAACCAUUUCAUAGGUUGAGCCCCCCGAGGUAGUCCUACAUGUCGGCAGACGGGGUAACACCAAUUUCCUGUGACUGGAGGCGACACUUUAAUUUUGCAAGACUGAAAGGUGUGUGUGUGUAAAUAUAAAUAUAUAUAUAUACAUAAGAUAUAUAUAAUUAAGAGUAUAUACUUAGAGAGUUUGAUGCAACAUUCACCCGAUCUUACAUCAGAUCUGUAAUGACAAUUUUUGUAUCUGUGAAUAUUUUUUCUUUUUCCAUUGAAUUUGUUUGAGCCUACUAUUACGGAAACGUGGGCCAUCUUGUUCCCAGCACUUUUUAUGUUCCUCUGAGGGAACUGGAGGCUGAUUUUGUUUUUAUUCCUCUUUUUUUUUUUUUUUACUUUUUUGAAAUUUUAUAUUGUUUGCCAUUUUUUCACCAACAUUUUCCAUUAUCUUUUUUUUUUUCUGUGGCAAGAGCGACUGAUUUGAACUUUGUUAACAGUGCAGUAUUUUGUACCACAUGAUGGCGGUGUGUUACUCUCGUGGUGUAAAUAAACUGAAAUGUUAAUUA